CAUCAGCACACAGAGCUAUCAUCUACACGCCAUCUCUCUGCCCGCGGUUAUGUUCACUACUACUCUCAAGAGCACCAAGCACACCUGUAUCCUCGCCGUCUGCAUUUUCCUCACCGUCGCCCACCUCUUCGCGUCGGCUGCCUUCUCGAUUCUCCAUCGGCUUCUCUUCUCUAGCAACACUUCCUCAACGUACUUGGCCAAGUCUCGGAAGUCUACCCACCGAGACUUUGAAGCCACUCGGCCCAAGCAAACCAAACCUACGCCGACACCCUCCGCAGAGGAUGCCAACCACAGUACGCCCAAGCUCAAAUCUCAGAGCGACAUCAGCCGGGAGAUUCAGGAAGUCAAAGCUCGCGCUCUCUCUCAGCGGAAUCUUCUUCAGCGCUUGAUGACCGGCGACAGCGUCUCACCCGGGGCUCACUCCUGUAUUGACAGCGGCGACAACAGCGACGAGGAGCUGGCACUAUCCAGCACAGCCAGCGCCCGCCCUCGCAAUAAGUUCAACCACGACCUGCAGGACAUCAAGGCUCGUGCUCUGGCUCAGCAGUCUCUGCUCCGAGGUCUCAUGGCCGGCGACGACUCCGCGAUGGAGAGGCUUCGGGAUCUUAGGCCCAGGGCUGACACCCGCGCAUAUACCCACCGCAUCUCCACGGCAUUUCCUCGGCUCCGUCUUGUGUUUUCAGACGGUAAGGAGACCGAGGACCAGCGACUGAUCUACGCCGUCGGAUCCAGACCCCUUGGUGCCUCGGCUCCUGCGACUGAAGGUCAAAACCGAUGACGACAAAAUCCUUCCUUAUCGAUGGUGACUGCACGCGCCCAGGGUGACGACGGCGACAAGUUUGUGUUUAGACUGGGAAUAUCUCCUUUAUCUCUUUGGGUCUCCGUCUUUGGCACAUUGUACUCUAUCUACCUCUGCGUAUAUGCGUGGAUAAUCUAAACCUCACCUAAUUGUAUCAUCAUCUCAAUUAAUCUCGAGCUCAGGCUGACUCGACUCUACUUCGCGCGCGCCUAUGCUUUGAGAAAGGCCUGAUGCUG